UUUGAAAUCUUUGUGCCUUAUCCUUUGGGCAGCCCAAGUCCGCGGCUGCCGGGGCUGAUACCGAACCAGAGGAAAUUUCUGACGGGGAGUCUGCAUCCGGCGAUGAUGGGGAGGAAGAGACCAAUGAGGCUGUCGAGCAUCGGUGUCGGGGGGGCAAUUGCGGUCUGUCGUUCAGAGUGGUUGAAGAUCUGGCUUUGCAUGCAUGCCUACAAACAACGCAACUGCAUCCAGCCAGCGUGGCGCGGCGAUCGCCACCAACAACGUUGGUCCUUUUGCGGGCGCCCGCAUCACGGAGCUUCGGGUGGUGGUCCAUGAGACCAUAGACGGCUACAUCCACAACAGGACUGCAAUCUCCACGAAGAUGUUGACGAAACACCUUGGGGUGCUGUUGCCAGGAGCUCCGCGUCCUCAGAGCCGCCGCCGGAUCCUCCUCCUCCUCCUCCGCCACCGCCAGCUCCGCCUCCUCGUCCUCGUCGGCCUCGUCCUCCUCAGCCGCUGGUCCCUCCGCCUCCGCCAGACCCUCGGCCUACUCGGCCUCGUCUUCUUGAAAGUCCAACGGAGGGUCCAAAGGGACCUCACCAAGCGUCAGGUCCUCCGCGCGGCGGAGAAGGCGCGGAAGGUCGCCAAAAAGGACCUGGAACGCCGGGACCGCAAGCGUUCCACCAAAAGGGUUGCAUGGGCGCCUGUCAUCGCGGUCUAUGCUCCUCCUCCUCCUUUCACCCCACACCCCACCACCACCAUCCCGCCGACCUCUACACCCGCCACCCAACUCCCCAUCACCACCGACCCGACCCCCCCACACCUGCAACCCCGGCAACAACAGUACGCCGCCGCGGAUGCACCAGCCGCGGCCGUGCUGGAUGACCGGGUGGCGUUUUUUGCGGGUGCUGGCGUUUGGGUCAGUGCCGGGGCCGCUGACCUUGGCCGAAGCGGGUCCGUGUCCUGGCGCGCCAACCACCAGGCGCUAAACGGGUCCGGGCAGUGGUGUUGUCUUUUCGUUCUUUGUUUUUUGGAGUCCGAUGCCGGCCUCCCCACCGACGCCCAGAUCGCCAAUCGCGACGGCGGCGUCGCAAAGCGGGAGGUUACAAAGCGGCAGGUCCUCCGAGCUGCGGAGAGGGCCCGGAAGGCCAUGAAGAAGGAGCGGGACCUCGAAAACCCGCAACCGCGAGCUCGAGGGGCCACUCCGACAAGACGAGUCACCCCGGCCCCGUUUCGCUUCGCCACCGCGCCGUCGGGUGGUACGCUUGGAGGAUUUGAGGGAGGGGGUGGAGGAGCCUCGAAGUCGGGGGGCCACGCGCGGCAGUUCCCGGUCGCAAUCCCCACCACCAGCAACCAGCCCCGGACUCCAAGACUUCGGCCCUUGGCCAGAGUCGCCAACAAGUCGGAGAAGACCGAAAGGCGCGACGCUCCGCAGCCAUCCCGACCCAGCGCAGGAGAGAGGGAGCAAAGCGUGAGGAGAGGGGAGGAAGGAGCCGGUCCCGGGAAAGACGGAAUGCUGAGAGCAGUCGUCGUGGGUGGGUGUGGUUGGGCGUGGGUGGGGGAGUGGUUGGGGGUUGGGGAGGUGGUGGAGACCGUGACCUUUGCCAAAGCCCCGUCCCAGCUGGCACCUUCGAGCAAGCAUGAACGUCUCAUUCAUCAAUCCGUCGCGAAUCAAUCCGUCGCGAAUCAAUCCGUCGCGAUGACCACCAUGGGAGGAUUACAGGAAUCGCCUGAAAGUUUGAAAGCUUCCGAAACAAACGCACUUGCGCACUUGAUUGAGGGAACCAUGUGCUAUCGACGCUCGCUCGCUGUUGCAACACUCGAUCCACGAUCUCGAGAUGAGAAAUUCGCAGCGGUGAACUUCAAACAUGACGGCAAGAAAAAGGACGAUAGCUAG